AUGCCUGCAGAGCAGAUCAAUAAGCUGAGUCGGAUGUUUCAGGACAUUAAGGUUUCCCAAGAUCUGACAGCCGAAUUCAAGGAAGCCUUGAGAACAAACUCAUUAGCUCUAGCAACCCAGAACACUGGCCCUACUUCUGGAAACACCAUAAAUGGCAACAAAGCAAACACCUCAGCCUCCACUGCCUUAGCUGUCAUUUCACCACCCAUUAACUUUGGAAUCAACCUCGAUUUGGUCAAUGUUAAAAUACUUAGCUCUGGCGCCUGGCUACCGCAAUUGCAACAAAAGAUAUCGCUUGUUCUUCCGCCAGAAUUGGAGGAUUUCAUUCCACAGAUUGAGACCCUAUAUCGUCAAAAACACCAGGGCCGCAGUUUGCUCUGGCAGUAUCAUCUUUCACAUGGUGUGCUAUCCUAUGAUGCUGAUUACGGAAGAACUGAGAUCGAGGUGACCACUUUCCAAAUGGCCGUACUUUUCGCCCUCGCCUCUCGAACGUCAACGAACAGCAUUAAAUCUUCAACUCCUGUCAACAGGGAACCUGGAUCAUUGAUCCCUUCGUCUCACAUCUUAGCUGAUUCUCCCGUAAUUCUUAAUUCUGUUUCCACCCAAGACACAUGCCAUAUCCCUGAGACCCAAUCUACGUCGAGUCAACCUUCGGAACUGUGUUCUACAUCAGAACCCUCCGCUGCACAGUCCCAGACCUCAGCUGCGCCUUUGGUUCGUAUCAGUUUCGAUAGUCUCCUCACAGCUACCGGUCUGCCUGAGGCUGAAUUGAGGCGCACACUCUGGUCGUUGACUGAGCGCACCCGCCUUGAGCGACCCCUCGUCUGUUAUUCACCUGCGGUUGCCACCUCUGCAGCUGACUUCGCGCACAAUUCAGAGUUCUGGUUGAAUCCGCAAUUUUCUAAUGUGUAG